CUAUAGUUGCCAUCUUAUUCAUAGAAUAGUCUUUUUGGGGCUGUAGUGAAUCCACAGUCAUCCUGCAGUGAGUACACAGACAGCAUAGAAGUAUUAAGUUUAUAUCUCUGGCUCCAUAAACAAAUUAAAACAAACACAUUUGCAUAUUUUACAUCUCUGCAUUUCUAAUCAGCUGCCAGUGACCCGGAAGUGGUUCUUGUUAACGUGACGUCACUGUGUUUGGUCUGUGGACAGGUUGGAUUGUUGGGUCGGGUCGGGUCCGGGUCUCCUGGUCUCAUGGUCUCAUGGUCUCAGGGUCUCCUGGUCUCAGGGUCUCAGGGUCUCAUGGUCCAGUCAGUAGCUGUAGCAUCAGUUAGCUCGUGGUUGAAAUGGGUCGGCACUGCUCGUUUCCGGGCUGCAAGAACACGUCCGGACUGCACAGCUUCCCAGCGGACCCAGACAUCAGGCGCCAGUGGAUGCGAGCACUGGGCCUCCCGGACCGGGACCUCCCGCCCAGAGCUGGAGUCUGCAACCGUCAUUUUUCCCGGGACUGCUUCUCCAACCUGAUGGAGGUGGAAAUGGGUUUCACUAAAGUGUCCGUGUUGAAGAGCCAUGCCGUGCCAGAGGUGGCCCGACCAGAACACUUCCUGCCAGCGAACCUGGUACCAGGUGGACUGGAGCUCAGGCCCAAACCGACCAGAGAGAUCGGGUGUCAGACAGAACCAGUUCUCACAAAACAUGCUGCUGGGCAGGCUGACAUAAAACCUCUGAGGAGAAGCAAAGCUGUUCAGGCCCGAGCUCCUAACAGGAGCGUGUCAUGUGACACGGGCAGUUUGGUGGCGGUCCCUGAGAUUUUAAAGGUGAGCUCCACCCCGGUGAAAAGGACAAGGAGUGAGGUGUCACCUGAUGAGUCCAGUCCAGGAGUCACCGACCACACCAUGAAGGGUACAAGGUCCACUGAUCAUUCGCCAUCUCAGUUCGUCGUCCAUGAAGACAGAUUAAUGGAGCUGUUUGAAAGAUGUCCGCUCUGCACUGGGAGCUGUGUGGUUUCAAAAACAGUCACUGGGACACUCCUGCAGGUGAAGCAGAGCUGUGCUCACUGCCAGUACCUUCAUCAGUGGUCCAGCCAGCCAGCAGAGAACAUCUGACCAGGAGGGAACCUUCAGCGGGCUGCAGCGCCUCAGCUCACAGGCUCAUCGUUUGAUUGGAUAUCACAGCCCCUGCCGUGACCCCUGUGGGCCCCCCCUCCUCUGCUGUACAGGUUAUGGGGCCCACCCCUGCUUCGUGAAGACCGCCCAUCCCACUGGUAGUGUGCAGGCCCGUGGGCCCCGGGGUGCGGGACAGGUCGAUGAGGG